GGCAGCAGCGUCAGAAGCAAGUGAUCGAGAGGAGGGCUGGGGACAGAGCCGGCUGCCCUUGCGUGACCGGACCCUUCGCCCCCCAUGCCCUGCCUCUCACACGAUGCCGAGCUGUCCACCCUGGUGGCUGCUACUGCUGCUCUCGCUGUGGGAGCCGCUGCUCCGGAGGGCGGAGGCAGGCUCUGAGGGGCAGACGGCGGGAGAGCUGUACCAGCGUUGGGAACGGUACCGCAGGGAGUGCCAGGCGACACUGGAGGCUGCGGCGCCCCCAGCAGGCCUCGCCUGUAACGGGUCCUUUGAUAUGUACGUCUGCUGGGACCACACUGCACCCAAUGCCACUGCCCGUGCGUCCUGCCCCUGGUACCUGCCCUGGAACCGCCAUGUGGCUGCAGGCUUUGUCCUCCGCCAUUGUGGCAGUGAUGGCCAAUGGGGACCUUGGAGAGACCAUUCUCAGUGUGAGAACCCAGAGAAGAAUGGGGUUUUUCAGGACCAAAGGCUCAGCUUGGAGCGGCUGCAGGUUGUGUACACCGUGGGCUACUCCCUGUCCCUUGCCACACUGCUGCUCGCCUUGCUCAUCUUGAGUUUCUUCAGGCGGCUGCGCUGCACUCGCAACUACAUCCACAUCAACCUGUUCAUGUCUUUCAUGCUGCGGGCAGCAGCCAUCCUCACCCGAGACCGUCUGCUUCCUCCACCUGGCCCCUACCCUGGGGAUCAGGCUCCUAUCCUGUGGAACCGGGCCCUAGCUGCCUGUCGCACGGCGCAGAUCUUGACCCAGUACUGCGUGGGUGCCAACUACACGUGGCUGCUGGUGGAGGGCAUCUACCUGCACAGCCUCCUGGUGCUUGUGGGAGGCUCCGAGGAGGGCCACUUCCGCUGCUACAUGCUCCUCGGCUGGGGGGCCCCCGCACUUUUCGUCAUUCCUUGGGUGAUCGUCAGGUACCUGUACGAGAACACGCAGUGCUGGGAGCGGAACGAUAUCAAGGGCAUUUGGUGGAUUAUAAGGACCCCUAUCCUGCUAACCAUCUUGAUUAAUUUUCUCAUCUUUAUCCGCAUCCUUGGCAUCCUCGCGUCAAAGCUGAGGACGCAACAGAUGCGCUGCCCAGACUACCGACUGAGGCUGGCUCGCUCCACGCUGACGCUGGUGCCCCUGCUGGGCGUCCACGAGGUGGUGUUUGCUCCCGUGACUGAGGAACAGGCCCGGGGUGCCCUGCGCUUGGCCAAGCUCAGCUUCGAGAUCUUCCUCAGUUCUUUCCAGGGCUUUCUGGUCAGCGUCCUCUACUGCUUCAUCAACAAGGAGGUAGGGAGAGCCCCGGCCCGCCGCCCACGCCCUCUGCCGGCCGCGCAGGGAAUGGCGCGCCCCGCGCCGCCUCUGAGCGCUGUCCCGUUGCAGGUGCAGUCGGAGAUCCGGCGGGGCUGGCACCAAUGCCGCCUGCGCCACAGACUCGGCGAAGAGCCGUGCCAACCCCCCGAGCGCGCCUUCCGGACCCUGCCCUCGGGUUCCGGCCCCGGCCAGGUCGCCGCCGGCCGCGCUCUGUGCUCGAGGACACUCCCAGGUCCUGGGGGUGAGGCCAGCCAUGUCUUAGAAAGUUACUGCUAGGCUGCGGGAUUCUUGGGUCCAUUCAAUUAGCACGUAUUUAUUGAGCGCUUGCUGUGUACCAGGCCUGGUGUGGAGAGCGCUGGGG